AUGGAUGAUUCAAGCUCCGGCUUCAUGUUGUCAGAUGAGCAAAUAUUGACAGAAGGUUUGGAUGGACUCUCAGAAACGGGCAGCUUUGGAUAUUUUGAUGACAACACAGACUUAGCCCUUGCAUUUGAGAACAUGGAUCUUGAUGGCUUAAGUCGUGAGAGUAAAGCUUACACCAACAAUAAAACUGAAGACAUGUAUGCUGAUAAAGAAAGUGAAAUCGAAUCUUCUGACGAGGCGCUGUCUGAAUUUGAAGUGGAUGAUGAGGAAGAAGACUUUAGCUAUAUUUUCAGUGAUAAAGGGAAUCUUAAAUUACUUCAUGAUGCUAUAAAGCAGGUUCAACUCCCAACAUGGAUAGGUCGAGUGCCGAAUGGGAUUGGGUCAGCAGAAGGUGGCAAGUUGAAAGCUGCUGAAUGGGUUAUACUCUUUCAGACAAUGAUAAUUCCGGCCCUGAUUUUGAUAGCACACAACAGAGGCACCGACUUAUCUGAUGUCUUGGCCCCAAAAGCUGUCCAUAACACACUCCACCUUAUCAGUGUAUUGGAUAUUAUUCGACAAUUGGAGGUGUCAGAUGAUGAUGUUAAAUCAUUGACGUACCAUCUCAAACAAUAUCGUCAGGGCCUAUCACAUCUGUUUGGUUCCUUCCCAAUACUUCCCAAUCACCACAUGUCUCUCCACAUUCCUCGGGUUCUAAAGAUGUUCGGACCUGCCCCUCAAUGGUCCGCAUGGAGCUUUGAAAGGCUGAAUGGUGCUUUGACACAGAUACCAAAUAAUAAUCACCCUGAUGACCAAGAGCUCACCCUCCUCAAAAAGUGGAACACAGCUCAGAACAUGCGGUCCAUCUUCCCAGUAUUGUGCAAAGGACUCCCAACAAAAGCAUCAAAUCUACUUUUAAAACUCUCAAUGCCCAAACGUACAUGGGGCAGCGUCUCUCAAGGUCUCCAACCACAAGGGGAGGUCAGUUCGAAUUAUGCAUACGCCCCCCAGAAGAGUGAAGGUCUUAGCUACGAGUCUCAUGAGCGGCUUGUAAGCAGAAUGAAUGAGAUUUCCGAGGAAAGAGUUCUAAUAGCUAUGAAUGCUUACAAAGUCAAAAACAAAACUGCCAACAUCCUUCCGCUCUCUCGAUGGGUAAAUCAGCUGAGCUCGGUGGAUGUGGACAAUAUAAAAUAUACCGUCAAACACAAAAGUAUCUCAAACAGCACAGUCCUGUAUCAGGUCAAGAAUACAAAGAAAAGGAAUGAAGUGGUCUGUGGACAAAUUGAAGAAAUUUUCACCACAAUGGUAUGA